CCAUGGAGUUUGGCACACAAGCAACAACACAAGAGAAAUGGGAGUAACGAAACUGGCGCAAGUAGGACCAUGGGGAAGCGGGGGAGGAGAGUAUCCCUACGAAUUCAUACCAAACGGUAGGAUCACCAAAAUCCACAUAAAAACCGGAGGCUCAGGUGGUUGCAUCGAUUCCAUAACAUUUGCCUACAUCGAUGCAUGCAGUGGUCAGGAAUGUUGGUCCAAAACUUAUGGUGGCGAGGGUGGUCACCUUUCUCAAUAUAUGUAUAUUGAGGAAGGCGAGGAGUUUUUAGAACUGAGUGGAACAGUCGGACGUUACGGUGGUUGGACGGUGAUUACUUCAUUGUGUUUCAAGACGAACAAGAAAAAGUGUGAGUUUGGUUCGGUGAGUGAUAAUAAAUUCUCCCUGCCUGUGAAAACAAACACCGCUAAGAUUGUAGGCUUCCAUGGAAGGUACGGGGGUUAUCUUGACUCGAUUGGUGCCGUCCUCCAGCCCAAAUGAUACCCUUAUAUGCUGGUGUAGCAGCAGCCAUGUGCAUGCAUGCAUGGUUAAUUAACACUUUGUGGAAUAAUUAAUUAGAGAGGCUUCGGGAACAAAUGAAGUCCAUAAUGAUAUGUAGUAGCCAUAAACCAUCCUUGUAUUGCACUUGUUAUCUUAAGCUAUAUAUGUAAUAAACGUAUGUUCGAUGGUUUGUGUUU